CACACUACCCAGCCUUCUUUCUCUCCCUCUCUUUAUACAAUCUGACUCAUAUGACCUUGCAAUAGUUGAGGUUUGAUUUGUGGCGUUAUGGAUCCCUCCUCAACCAGCCAGGACAGCCAGUCUAGUCUUAAGGAACACCUUGUAAACUAGUAUUGUCUGGAGUACAGUACAGCACCCCUGUCUGUUGUUGUCACGGUGCCAGAGGGAGAGCUAGGAGGCUCCUCUUCGCCCCCGUCCGUUUGCCCCCUCCCUGGAGCAUGCAGGAAGGGUGGACAGAGCAGAGCUGAGCUGAGGGAGAGCCUGGAGCCUGGCCCUGCCUAGAGGAGUGGAGGGACUUAGAGGAGCUACACCUGACCAGGCAUACGGAGUAGAGCGAACUGCACAUCCAGCAGUAUGGGGGCAUCUUAUUCAAAGAAGAAGACGUAUAACAUCAACCAACAGCAGCAGCAGCAGCAGUGUGUGAAAAACGGAAAGCACAGGAAUGGCAGAGCGUCAGCCUAUGCGGACCUGCAGUGGGAGCAGCAGCCCAGGCAGGAUGGGAGCCACCCACCUCAGGACUACCCUCACAGGGACCAGCCCCCCGUGGCUGGCUAUGUCCCCCAGCCAGAUUAUGUGGAGGGAGAUGAUGAUCUCAUCAAGCCCAAAAAGCUCCUUAAUCCAGUGAAAGCCUCCAAAAGCCACCAGGAGCUCCACCGAGAGCUGCUCAUGAGUCAGAAACGGAGUGGCGGUGUUGGGAUGGAGUCUAAGCCGGAGCUGCAGCGUGUCUUGGAUGCCAGGAAGAGGGAACAGAUCAUCAAGCAGAGGAAGGAGGAAGAUGAGGCCAGAAAGAAAAUCUCCCCUCUGGAACAAGAGCUCCUCAAGAGGAAGGAGAAGCUAGAAGAGCUGGAGAAGGAGCAGGAAAAAAAACAGGAGACCGUGAGAGCCCCAGAGUUUGUCAAGGUCAAGGAGAACUUGAGACGGACGUCCUUUCACAAUAAUGGAGAGAAAGAGGUGUAGGGACAAACCGGUCCAAGGAUACCGUUGAGUUAGAAUCUGCUGGAGUUUGUACACUUGUGUGUAUUAUGCGCGUGAGUGGACACAGAACAGCUGUGUUGUGUUGCUCUGACUGCACAACUCAAGACAACAGCAAGGAACUUCUACCUACAAGGACUGGUUGGCAAGCCAUGACACAAUGCCUUCACUAACCCACUCAGAGCAGAGACACAGCGGGAGAGACAGAGAGAGACAGAGAAGGAAGGUUGACUCUGCAAUGGGCUACUGUUACAGGGAUAGGUCGAACUGUGUCUGUGAUAUCUCAAUCCAGAGUAACUGACAUGAGAGUGUUAGGGUCAAAAAGGACAACAUGGACUCGGGGGUAGACGUAACAUAGUAAACGUAAUUCCGGGGCACUACAAAUAGUAUGAUAUGUUACGUUUCGUAUGGUAUGAAUUAAUUUGUGGAUGUCCAUCAUCCAUUUCGUAUGAUUAUUACGAAUGACAAUUCAUACGAUAUGUUACAGAUUGCAAUUUGUACAAUAUGCUAAGAAUUUGCUAAACAUAUGACAUGAUACGAAUUCCAAUUUGUUGUCGCUAACGUUAGCUAGGUGGCUAGCGUUAACUAGACUAACGGUUAGGGUUAGGGGUU